AUGGAGUUCGAGGCAGGUAAGAAAGUGUUCCUGAAAGUGGCGCCGAUGAAGGGUGUCCUGAGAUUCGGGAAGAAGGGUAAGCUAAGUCCGGAUUUUAUAAGGCCAUUCAAGAUCUUGGAGCGAGUCAGCUCUGUGGCUUACCGUUUGGCCUUUCCACCAUCUCUCUCUAUAGUCCAUAAUGUCUUUCAUGUCUCCAUGCUGAGGAAGUAUUUAAUGGACCCGUCUCAUGUGGUGGACUUUGAGCCCUUGCAGCUGAAUGAAAACUUGAGUUACGAGGAGAAGCUUGCGCAAAUUGUGGCCAGGGAGGUGAAAGUUUUGCACAACAAGGAGGUGCCACUGGUGAAGGUUCUGUGGUAG